AUGAGUUGUGGUUUUGGGUGGAAUGAUGACCACAAGUGUAUUGAAGCAGAGAAGGAAGUAUUUGAUGACUGGGUUAAGUCUCAUCCCAAUGCAAAAGGACUUCGUAACAAGCCUCCACACUACGAUGACCUAACAGUUGCUUUUGGUAAGGACAGAGCGACAGGGGCGAAUUUAGACUGUCCGGUAGACAUGGCAUCGAGUGCUGCUGCAACAAUUGCUGAAGAUGCGCAUUUCGAAGCACAAGAUUUCUACAUCCCGGACCCACCAAUGUUCAACACCACAGAGGAUGCGAUAGAGGAGGACUUGCCAAAUACGCCUACAAGUAAGCCAACUAUUGGAACAUCAUCAGGGGGAAGCAAGAGGAAACGAAGUGGUUAUACAUCAGAAAUGGUAGAUGUGGUACGAACAAAUAUGAGGAUGCAAACAGCCCAUUUGGAGAAGAUGGCAACGUGGCCGGAUAAAAAGGAAGAAAAAAAGAUCGCACGACGCAAGAUAGUACAUGACCAGCUGAAACAAAUACCAAACUUGGAGGCCAACGAUUAUGUCCGACUUGUCGGUAUUUUGAUGACUAAUGUCAAGAAGUCCAUCAGUUUCCUUGAGGUCCCAAUAGAAUUUAAGAAAAUGUUUUGCAUGCAAUUGCUGGGAAAGAGCGAAUGA